AUGACUGUCUCCGAAGCGCAUCCCGGCAUGUCCAGUGCUGUUUUGCAUAGAGACACCCACUUCCUUCCUAAACUGGCCAUUGGGGGAAAAGGGAGCUAUAUCUUCCUCGAAGAUGGUACUAGAUUCCUUGACUCGACCGGCGGCGCGGCCGUUUCAUGCUUGGGCCAUGGCCAUGAAGGAGUCAAACAAGCGAUCAAAGACCAGAUCGAUCAAUUGUCAUAUUGCCAUUCCGCCUUUUUCGGUACUCCUGUAACAGAGGAACUAGCGCGGUUCUUAACAGAUUCCACCGGGGGCAAGAUGUCCAAACUAUUUGUCGUCAGCUCAGGAUCUGAGGCUGUCGAAGCCGCCAUGAAGCUUGCACGGCAGUAUUUCCUGGAGCUGUCUACUCCUCAGCCCCAGCGCACGAGAUUUAUCGCUCGACUUCCUUCAUAUCACGGUACGACCCUCGGUGCUUUAGGCCUUGGUGGACAUGUCCUCCGAAGAGAGCCAUUUGGACCAAUCUUGGCGAAGAACACAUCCCAUGUUUCUCCAUGCUACGCAUACCGUGGCAAGAAAGAAGGCGAAUCUGAUGCGGACUAUGUUGCUCGCCUUGCUGCAGAAUUGAAUGCAGAGUUUGAGCGUGUUGGGUCAGAUACUGUUUGUGCCUUUGUCGCGGAACCAGUUGUUGGAGCUGCUCUCGGCUGUGUUCCCGCAGUACCAGGAUACUUCCCUGCCAUGAAGGCCGUCUGUGAAAAGCAUGGGGCGCUGUUCAUCCUUGAUGAAAUUAUGAGCGGCAUGGGUCGAUGUGGAACUCUACAUGCCUGGGAGCAAGAAGACAUCGUGCCCGAUAUUCAAACUAUCGGUAAAGGUCUUGGGGGCGGAUAUGCACCCGUCUCUGGAAUCCUCAUCAAUGACUCAAUCGUGCAGACUAUGGAUAAGGGAACAGGUGUGUUCCGCCAUGGACAAACAUAUCAGGGCCACCCCAUUUCGUGUGCCGCAGCAUUGGCUACACAGAAGACCAUUCAACAGGAGUCUCUUUUAGACAACGUUCGAUCUAUGGGCGCUUACCUUGAGCAACAACUCCGCCAGCGAUUUGAAGGACACCCGUAUGUUGGUGACAUCCGAGGCAAGGGAUUAUUCUGGGGAAUUGAGUUUGUCAAAGAUAGGAGUUCAAAAGAACCCUUCAACCCUAGCACUCGACUCUCGUUUCAUAUACAGGAAAAAGGACUGUUGCCAGCGUAUUCCGUUUCUCUCUACGGCUGCUCAGGCACUGUUGACGGCGUUCGGGGUGACCAUGUCAUACUUGCACCUCCUUACAAUGUCUCCAAGGAGGAGAUUGACAUUAUCGUGGAUGUUUUUGGGAAUGUUGUGGCAGCUGUGCUCAAAGACUUAGACUUGUGA